AUGGUGAAUGAUAAACGCUGUUAUAUUUUGGUUUACGUUGAUGAUCUGAUCAUUGCCAGUGAGGAGGAAGAAAUCAUUACAUUGAUUAGCAAGACACUAGCUCGUAACUUUGAAAUCGUCAGUCUUGGAGAAGUUCGUAAUUAUGUCGGCAUUGAAGUAGAACGCGAUAGUUUCGGUGAUUUCCACAUCUCGCAGCAAAAGUACAUAGCGGAUAUCAUUAUGUCAGCUGGCUUAUACGAUUCCAAAUCAUCUAAGAUUCCCAUUGAUGUUGGUUAUUUCAAACAGGACACCGAAGCUAAACCUCUUGCAGAUAACUCAAAUAUCAACGCGGAGGCCGAAUUCGUAGCCUUGUCUGAGGCAUCGCAAGAAGCGAUUUGGCUUCAGCGACUUUUACGUGAUUUGGGUGAGGACGUUCACACGGUUCAGCUGUAUGAGGAUAACCAAUCUUGUUUAAAAAUGAUACAGUCGGAAAAAUUUAGCAACCGGACGAAGCACAUCGAUACGAAGUACAAUUUCGUCAAGGAUUUGAAUACAACUGGAGCUAUCAAGUACGUGUACUGCCCAUCAGAACAAAUGGUUGCUGAUCUGCUCACCAAGCCAGUGGCACGUAUACGAGUUGAACAACUUCGACGAUUGAGUGGCCUGGAGAAUUAG